AUGGGCCGGGGGUCCAUGGGAGGAGGGGGCAAAUUCAGCCUGGAGGAGCUCUACGGCCUGAACAAGAAGAGCAAAAUGCGCGGUGGUGGGGACUCCGGCCAGCGCCGAAGCCCCAAGAGACAGGGGGUCCCUCUGGGCCCGGAUGGGGAGGCCCUGAAUUGUCCCCAGGGAGUGGAGGCCACCAGGUGUUGCCUGGAGAAACGGCGGAUGGAGAGCUACCUGAUGGAAGCCGGGAUGUUGGUGGAGGAAGCCGAGAGGAGCCAAACCAGCAUGAGACACAGGAACCUUGGAAAGUCCGGUCUGCGCGUCUCCUGUGUGGGCCUUGGUACGUGGGUGACGUUUGGAUCCCAGAUCUCUGAUGAGGUGGCUGAAAACGUGCUCACCAUUGCUUACGAAAACGGGGUCAACCUCUUCGACACAGCCGAAGUCUACGCUUCUGGCAAAGCAGAAAAAACUUUGGGGAAUAUCUUGAAGAGCAAAGGAUGGAGGCGUUCCAGCUACGUGGUCACCACCAAAAUUUACUGGGGAGGCCAGGCCGAGACCGAAAGGGGCUUAUCCCGGAAACACAUCAUUGAGGGGCUGAAAGGGUCCCUGCAGAGACUCCAGCUGGGAUACGUGGACAUCGUCUUCGCUAACCGGAUGGACGCUAACAGCCCCAUGGAAGAGAUCGUCCGAGCCAUGACUUACGUCAUCAACCAAGGCAUGGCCAUGUACUGGGGGACUUCGCGCUGGAGUGCGAUGGAGAUUAUGGAAGCUUACUCGGUAGCCCGGCAGUUCAACCUCAUCCCACCCGUGUGCGAACAGGCUGAAUAUCAUAUGUUCCAGAGGGAAAAAGUGGAGUCGCAGUUGCCAGAGUUGUAUCACAAGAUAGGUGUGGGAGCCAUAACUUGGUCUCCGCUGGCAUGUGGACUCAUCACGGGAAAAUAUGAGGAUCGCGUGCCAGACAACUGCCGGGCUGCCAUGAAGGGCUACCAGUGGCUGAAGGAGAAGCUGCAGAGUGAAGAUGGGAAGAAGCAGCAAAGCAAAGUGAAAGCGUUGCAGCCCAUCGCCGAACGCCUGGGAUGCACCGUGGCGCAGCUGGCCAUUGCCUGGUGUCUCCGCUCGGAAGGGGUCAGUUCCGUGCUUCUGGGGGUCUCUAGCACCGAGCAGCUCAUUGAGAACCUGGGAUCCAUUCAGGUCCUGACCCAGCUGACCCCUCAAGUCAUCCAAGAAAUUGACGCAGUCCUGGGGAACAAACCCAACGCCAAGAAGGAGUCCCGGGCAUAGGAGG